AUGUAUUCGACGGAACAAUGGAUAUCGUCAUUCGUGCAUAUCUAUGAUAUCAAAUCCGAUGGUUUCACAGAUGAUACACAACCAGUUCUUAUUUAUCCUAAUAGUGAACAAAUCCUGUUUUCAGAAAUGAAUAUCGUAUUACUUCGACUCGUUUGUUCAAAGUCCGGCAAUUUGGCUGUUUUUGAUAAUUUGGGAAAUGCAGCUACUUUGCUUUCGGCACCCGCAGGUAUGUAUCCGUACACACGAGUACCAUUCUUGACGUCAUCAUCUGUUCCUUGCAUUCCUGGUACUCAUCGAAAUUAUUCUGGGCUCGAAUUGUGUAUACCAUGUCCCAAUGGUACUUUCUCAAGCGAUUGUGUACAAUGUGCAAGAAAUAAUUCAUUCUGUCCAUAUGGAAGUAUUCAAGACCUAUCUUAUUCAACGUUUGAAUCGAUCGAUCAAGAUCAAGAUUAUCCUGAAGCGCCCGAAACUACCGUAUUUGAUGAUUUACUCAUGAAGAACAUGUUCACUUUGAAUACACAAUCCGCUCAUUGUAUACGCGUAUCACCAAUGACAUGGGUUCUUCUAGUUCUCACAUUGGGAAUCAUAGUAGCUAUUGUGUUUUGGAUCGGUGGCCUAGUCUCCAUUGGUAUCAUUGUUAUAGUUGUUUCGGCCUAUGCAUUUUCUAAUACUUUUUUACAUCAAUAUCCAAUAGAGAGUAUCAUUGGUGAACAAUCAUUUGCAUGCGAUGUCACCUUGCGCAACGCAAAAUUCAGCACAACAAUGCAAAAGAUGCCAGGCUCUAGCCGUUCAAUCAGACAAAAUCAAGCUAUGUUUGACUUACUCAACUUGCAAGCGUUUGAUCUCAAGAUUGAUCUUAUUCAAACAGCAUUCACCUGUCAAGACUCGCUUGUUGUUUACCGUCUCGUCGACUACAUACUUCUUUCAAUACCAAUUUCACGAUGUGAAACAAGCUAUAAUGGAAGUAUUCUAUCGUUGACAAUUCCACUUACAUCUCAUGAUAUUAGCAUUCAACUCACAUUGCCAGGAUUACGAACAGUCGGGGGUAUUCGUGUCGGACUAUUUGGACCAUUGGCAGCCAGUAAAAACGGCAGGUAA